AUGGAUCGCAACAGAGAGGCCGAGAUGGAGCUGAGGAGGGGUCCUAGCCCCUCCAGGGCCAGCAGGAGCCACGAGGCAGACGGGGAGAAAGCGGCAUGCCACAGCUGCUGCAUCUGUGGCAAGAGCUUCCCUUUCCAGAGCUCGCUGUCGCAGCACAUGCGUAAGCACACGGGGGAGAAGCCCUACAAGUGUCCUUACUGUGACCACAGGGCUUCCCAGAAGGGCAACCUGAAGAUUCACAUCCGGAGCCACCGAACCGGGACCCUGAUUCAGGGCCAUGAGUCGGAGGUGGGCGAGGCGCAGCUGGGCGAGAUGCGCGUGUCCGAGGGCCUGGACGGCUGCACCAGCCCCACCAAGAGCACGUCAGCCUGCAACAGAAUCCUGAACGGGGCUACGCAGGCGGACGGCGGAAAGAUCCUGCUGAGGAGCAGCAGGAAGGAUGCGGAGGGCAGUGCGGAAGAAGCCAGGGCGCAGUGCGCCUUCUGCAGGAGCCGGUUCGAGCGGAAGAAGGACCUGGAGCUGCACGUGCACCAGGCGCACAAGCCGUUCAAGUGCAGGCUGUGCAGCUACGUGACCCUGCGCGAGGAGUCGCUGCUGAGUCACGUCGAGAGGGACCACAUCACUGCGCAGGUGCCCCACGGCGGUGAGGCGUGCGUGGAGAACGGCAAGCCCGAGCUGAGCCCCGGCGAGUUCCCGUGCGAGGUGUGCGGCCAGGCUUUCAGCCAGACUUGGUUCCUCAAGGCGCACAUGAAGAAGCACCGGGGCUCCUUCGACCACGGCUGCCACAUCUGCGGCCGCCGCUUCAAGGAGCCAUGGUUCCUCAAGAACCACAUGAAGGCGCAUGGUCCCCGGGCGGGGAGCAAGAACAGGCCGCGGAGCGAGCUGGACCCCAUUGCCACAAUCAACAACGUGGUGCAGGAGGAGGUCAUUGUCGCUGGCCUGUCGCUCUACGAGGUCUGCACCAAGUGCGGGAACCUGUUUACAAACCUGGACAGCUUGAACGCCCACAAUGCCAUCCACCGCCAGGUCGAGGCGGGCCGCACCCGAGCCCCGGCCGACGAGGGGGUGGCCGCCGUCCCCGCGGACACCAAGCAGCUCUUCCUACAGUGCCUGAACCUGCGGCCGGCGGGAGCCCGCCCCGUGCCCGCCAGCACGCAGGCCGGACGCCGGGUGGCCGAGCUGGACCCCGUCAACAGCUACCAGGCCUGGCAGCUGGCCACCAGGGGCAAGGUAGCAGAGCCGGCCGAGUACCUCAAGUACGGGGCCUGGGACGAGGCGCUGGCCGGAGACGUGGCCUUCGACAAGGACCGGCGCGAGUACAUCCUGGUGAGCCAGGAGAAGCGUAGGCGCGAGCAGGACGCGCAGGCCACACAGGGCCCCCCCAGGAAGAGGGCGAGUGUGCCUGGGGACGCCCAGCCACCCGGCAACCUCGACCCCCGGCCAGCCGCGCGCUCCAGCCGCCGGGCUGCUGCCGCUGCCGGCCAUGGCAAGUCCUCCGAGUGCUUCGAGUGCGGCAAGAUCUUCCGCACCUACCACCAGAUGGUGCUGCACUCCCGCGUGCACCGCCGCGUGCGCCGUGACCGAGACACCGACGGGGACCGUCCAGCGCGCGUGCGCUGUGGCUCGCUCAGCGAGGGUGACUCCGCCUCCCAGCCCAGCAGCCCUGGCUCGGCCUGCGCCCCUGCCGACUCCCCAGGCUCCGGCCUGGCCGACGAGGCCGCCGAGGACAGCAGCGAGGAGGCCGCCCCGGAAACUGUACCAGGGGGAAAGCCACGCCGCUGCUGCUUUUCUGAAGAGGUGGUACCAACUGUGCUCUCUAACGGAGACCAAAGUCACAAACUUGGAAAUAACCCAUCAGAAAAAGACACCAAUGAGUCCAAAGCAGGUAUCGCAACUUCUGUGUCCAUACUUGAAAACAAUAGCAGAGAGACUUCCAGAAGACCAGAACAACACAGAUUUUCUAUUGACUUAAAGAUGCCAGCAUUUCACCCCAAGCAGGAGGUGCUGGGUUCUGGGGACGCUGUGGAUUUCCCUUCAAGUACGGAAGGGGCAGACUCGCAGCUCUCCUUGGAGAGCCAGGCCAGUCACCCUAAAGAAAAGCUGUCCGAUUUGCACAAUAAGGAGCAUUCUGGGGGAGGAAAAAAGGCGCUGGCCCCAGACCUGAUCCCGCUGGACUUAAGUGCGCGGUCGACUCGGGAUGACCCCAGCAAUAAGGAAGUGGCCUCCUCCCUGCAAGCCGCUCUGGUCAUUCACCCGUGUCCUUACUGUAACCACAAGACUUACUACCCUGAGGUCUUGUGGAUGCACAAGCGCGUCUGGCACAGGGUCAGCUGCAGCACCACGGCUCCCCAGUGGAUUCAGCCCAACGGUUACAAAAGCAUAAGAAACAACUUGGUGUUCCUGGCCCGGAGUGGACGCACGGGUCCCCCACCUGCCCUUGGGGGCAAGGAAUGCCAGCCUCUGCUCCUGGCUCGAUUCACUCGCACUCAGGUGCCAGGUGGGGCACCAGGACCCAAGAGCAGCCCUUCCCCCCUGGGAGUGACCACGAAAGCCGCUAGCAUGCCUAAGAAUAAGGAGAGCCAUUCCGGGGGGCCCUGUGCACUGUGGGCAGCCGGCCCAGACGGGUACCGGCAGGCCAAGCCCAGCCACGGCCAGGAGCAGUGUGGGGCCACGGCUCAGGGUCACACGCUGAAACCCAAGCUGGAGGCCAGCUCCAAACCCCCGCCCACCCCUGGGGGUGGCGGGGGCUUCAGCAGAAGUGCCACCCCCACUCCCACUGUCAUAACACGAGCAGGCGCCCAUCCCUCUGCCAAUAGCAAGCCCGUGGAGAAGUAUGGGGUACCCCCAGCGGGGGCUGGCUUUGCCCCCCCCAAUAAGCACAGUGCCCCGGACUCCUUGAAAGCCAAAAUCAGCGCUCAGCCUCAGGGUCAGCCUCCCGUGAAAGGUGAAGGGGGCCCUCCUCUCCCUCCUCGCGAGCCCUCCUCAAAGGCGGCCCAGGAGCUGAGGACGCUGGCUGCCUGUGCUGCGGGUCCCCGAGGGGACACAGCCUUGCAGGCCCAGCCAGGUGCAGCUGGGGCGCCGUCUGUCUUGCACUCCAUCAAGCAGGAGCCGGCGGCCGAGGGGCACGAGAAGCGCUUGGACAUCCUCGACAUCUUCAAGACUUACAUUCCAAAGGACUUUGCCACUCUCUACCAGGGCUGGGGCGUCAGUGGCCCUGGGCUAGAGCACAGAGGGAUGCUCCGGACACAGGCCCGCCCGGGAGACUUCGUCUGCAUCGAGUGCGGGAAGAGCUUCCACCAGCCCAGCCACCUCAGGGCCCACAUGCGGGUGCACACAGUGGUGCCCCGAGGUUCUGAAGUUCACACCACCGCCGCAGAUGCCCCCAAACAAUUCACUUGACUUUAGAAUACCCCUUCUGUUUUUCCAACACGGGGAGAGACCAUUCUAACACAGGUACCGUCCAGACAGUGCCUCUCAGAAAGGGAACCUAAAGGCAUGUUUCCAACGCAUCCUGGCUGCCCCGUAACGGCCAUCAGCAGUCCCUUCCCGAUCUUCCAGCAGCCUCCCAACAGCGACUACGGCCACCUGGUGGAAGAGCAGCUGGAGAACUCCCGACCAGACACCUCAAAUCCUGGAGCCGCUGUGCUGGAGUGGAUACAUGGGAGAUGCCUCUCCUUGUUAAGCAUUGAAAAAUAAAUUAAGAUGCUAUGCUCUAGAAUUACAUGUAGAUAUUA